UAAUCUUCCUGAAGGAAUUGACCUGAGUAGGGGCUAGAUUUUCUUGUAUUGGUAGACUUGUUGAACCAGAAAAGAGGAAGUCCUGAUGCAUUCAAAUUGGUGGCAGCUGUAACAUUAGUGAAAGCUAGGGACUAUUUUCCCUGCAGAGGAGAGGACUGAGAGAGGAUUAGAGAGAGGUUUUCAAAAUCAUGAGGGAACUGGACAGAGUGGACAGGGAGAAACUGUUUCCACUCAUCAAUGGAUCAAGAACUAAAGAGCACAGUUUAAAGUUUUUUGCAAAAGAAGAAAACUCGAGUUUUGAAGUUAGAGGGAAUGGUAUUUAAGUCAACCAGUCUCCAGACCUGAAUUCACAGCGACUCUCUCUAAAGCUCACCUCCUACACUAUAGAGAUUUUCUUCUUCUCUGAGUAAAUGAAUUUGUCAUGAACACUGUUCAUCGGCCGCCUCAAAUCCAAGUUCGUAAAGACAAGUGUCUUUCCAGGGCUGAGUUUUUAUCUUUGCUAAGAACAUAUAAUUGUUUUUGUCAAGAUAACAAGAAUUUACAACUGACGUAUUCUGAUAAUAAUGGAAAGGCCAUCCUAGAAGGAGUAUUAGAUAUUGCAUGGGGUGUACAUCAACUAAUAAGAUUUCAGAUUGAUGAUGAAAAAUCUGUACCAUCACCAAUAGCAAUUCAAUUCACUGAUACUACACUGAGUAAAAGAGGAAUGACACGCUGGGGAGAGUUUGACAACUUAUACAACAUUGCUGAACUGGAGGAAGAGACUGUGCCAGAUGGCAAAGAACAGGGGUCAGUCCAGCAGCUGAUCUUUGAAAGCAGUACAUUAAAACCAAAACGGAACCCAGAGCCAGAAAGUGGCAACUUGAUACGUACUAGGAGUGAUGCAUCAUUGGUGAAGAUGAGGGUAAAGGACCAAGCUGUGACUGCAGCAAAGAAAGCUCAGCGCCAUCGAUACUCCAUUAAUGGUCACUUCUACAAUUACAAGACUUCUAUUUUCACACCAACCAAAGGCUCUAUUACUAACGUGAGAAUCAACAGCACAAUGACAACCCAGGAGGUGAUAGCAUUAUUGCUACAAAAGUUUAAGAUAGAAAAUGAUCCAAAUGAUUUUGCAUUGUAUGUCGUUCAUGCAAAUGAAGAAAAGAAAAGGCUUAAGGAUACAGCGUUUCCAUUGUGGGAAAGAUUGCUUCAUGGACCAUCACGGAAAAUCGUGAAAAUAUUUUUGAUGGACAAGGAUGCAGAAGAAAUCAGCACUGAUGUAGCUCAGUAUAUCAAGUUUGAACUUCCUCUUUUAAAAACAUUUCUUCAGAAACUAAAUGAGGAGGAGGAGACAGUUAUUGGAAAAAUCAAACUCCGGUACAAAGUGGAGAAAAAAUCUUUGAUCCAGCUGUUGCACAAACGGAUGAUGGUGAGAGCAGAAACUUCUGUUUAAGAAGCAUAACUGUCACCAAGAAAUUAGAUGCCUGCGUGAGAUGAUAUGCAAUUGGAAUCAAUUACUAAAUGCAUAAGUGCCUCAUUUUAAUGGAGAUGUCACAUUUUAAAAUGAUGGAAAGUUUAUGGCACAGAAAUAGACUUUACCCAUCAUGUCUGCACCAGGACUAGGACUAUUUGUAUUUAGUAUUUCAAUUAUGAAACUAUUGGCUCAGACUUUCCUCUGGACAAAUACCGUCUUUUUUGUAAUAAUGGUAUCUACAGCAGAAAAAGGACAUGGUGGGGUAAAUCACUUAUGACUUCAAUUGCUCUGCUCUACUGAAUUCAAGACUCAUCACAAUGUUCCUGCAUUUAAGCCAUUGUUCAUGGACACCACUUAGUCCAACAAAUAGUAGGAGGUGAUGGCUUGGCUCUUGAGUCAUGUUGAUCGUAAUAUAUGUAUUAAUUGAAUUAGACUUUGAUUUUUUAAAAUGAUGCUGCAAAUGAAACUCAAGCAACAAACUUUAUGUUUGGUUCCACGUCCAUGAGUUGCUUUGAAAUUCUUAUUGACAUUAAAGACUCCAUAUAAAUCCA